AGUUCGUUACUCACAGCUCGCGGGAAAAAGGAAAGACAGAGAGAGAGAGAGAGAGAGAUGGGGACGAGAGAGAAGGAUAGAGAUCUAGAACGUCUGAUACCUGUUGGAGGACUUGGGAUCCUUGAGAAUGGAGGCUCUAAAUCAUCAUCAUCUUCCUCCGCAUCCCCUUUGCCCUCCUCUUCUCAUCACUCCGGCAAAGAGGCAUUUUACAAAGUAUUUCGUAGCUGGGCUUCAAAAAAGUUUAUGUCAGGAUGUGUCAUUUUACUUCCUAUAGCAAUCACGUUCUACACCACUUGGUGGUUCUUUCAUUUUGUGGAUGGGUUCUUCUCCCCAGUGUAUGCUCAUCUGGGUAUCAAUGUAUUUGGUCUUGGGUUUGUUACCUCUAUCACUUUUAUCUUCUUGGUUGGUGUCUUCAUGUCUUCAUGGUUGGGAGCUUCUGUUCUUGGUUUGGGAGAAUGGUUUAUCAAGAAAAUGCCCCUCAUGAGCUAUAUAUAUACUGCAUCAAAACAAAUUAGUGCAGCAAUAUCACCAGAUCAGGGUUCCCAUGCUUUCAAGGAAGUGGCCAUCAUAAGGCAUCCACGUAUUGGGGAAUAUGCAUUCGGAUUUAUCACAUCUACCGUUAUUCUGCGUAAGAGCUCAGGAGCAGAAGAGCUCUGCUGCGUUUACGUCCCGUCCAAUCACCUUUAUCUUGGAGACAUUUUUCUAAUCAAUUCAAAGGAUAUUAUGAGACCUAAUCUCUCUGUUCGAGAAGGGAUCGAGAUUGUCAUCUCUGGAGGCUUGUCCAUACCACAGAUAUUGACUACAACAGAUGCGCAGACCAUUCUUUCGCCAAGAGUUGGGAAAUUUGCCAUCCCACAAGUUUAAUGGUGGUUUCUAAAUGGUGAAAACUUUGUUUUAUAUUCUUGAGAAAACAUAAAAUGUAUACGGAUAUGAGGCAGUUUAACAAUCACUAACAUGAACUAGUCCAGAAUCCUAGAUUAUUAAAGAGAGUUUUGAGAAAGUUCAGACUUCUAUAUAUGCUAGGAAUCCUCAGACUGUUGAUUUUGAUGUUCAGAAAGAGUUCAUGUCUUAGGGUUUUUCUUGACUUUCUUUUUAUGGUGAUUGUAAACAAAGGUUGAUAUGCUUUACAUGUUGUUUGCGACUGUAAAUUGGCUGGCCAAGACAUCUCCAGUGAAGGGUAGUAAUUAUAUUUAGUGUUUCUUCUCUUUGCUGUGGUUUACUGGAACAUGAAGGCAUUGUCAUCUGAAUAA